AUGGCUUUUUCGCAGCCGAAUUCAAGAGAAAUACAAAACCGCAAGAUAUUAGAAGAGAUUCAACUGAAAAAGCAGCUGCUUUUGAAACAAGGGGUGGCCCCUACCUUAGGGACUCCAUUGGCACCCUUGGCUGUCCCUCCAACAACCUCUGCUUCCAACUUGAGUCCCGCAACAACAGUGGAUGGAAUUGCUUUAAGUGCUUCCCAGCGAGCAGCUCUACAAAACGCUCACGCUGCAUCUGCUGGAUUUUUUGUCACACAAGACUCGUCUUUUGGUAAUCUCAUACUCCCGGUUCUACCUCGGUUUGAAGCCAAGUGA